UAUAUCUUUUCUUGACCCGGAAAUACAAUUCAUCCCUCUCGGCCACACGUGUGGUGAAAGGAUCUACCAUGGGAAAAUCCAAACAAGUAGGAAACCACAAAAGUGACAAGAAGAAGCACAUUUCAAAGACAUGGAAGACAAAGCGCAGGACUAAAGACCUGGACCAGAUCCACUCAGACAUGAAGCCUGACACAGCAACCAAGCUGCUAAACCAGGAGGUGGACUACGAUGUGACAGGAUGUGCACAACACUACUGCUUACACUGCGCGAGAUAUUUCACGGAUAUGAGAUCCUUAAAAGAGCACUUCAAAACUAAAGGGCACAAGAAACGGUUGAAACUGCUCAGAGAGGAACCCUACACACAGGCAGAGGCCGAAAGAGCAGCAGGUAUGGGCUCAUACAUCACUCCAAAAAAAGUGGAAGUGAAGACACAGACCGUGGAAGAGGACAUGGACUGAGAGCUGCCCACUUUAACCCAUGGACUGAUCAACAGAAUUUUAUUUUACAAAAUGAAUAAUGCUUCUAUUAUUCCUUUGCUGUCACAAAUGUUGAUGAGUGCAUUGUUAAAUGCUGUUCAUGUGACACACUUAAUUUGUCCGACUCGUUACAGCUGUUAGACUUCUGGCUAUCACCAGAAUCAGGAAAGCCUUACCUUUUUAUACUGGGUAAUGUAAUGCAACAUGUACCGAUGUAAAUAUUGAGUAUGUGUAGAACUGUGUGGACUGCUAAUAAACUAUAACAUAGAGUGGA